AUGCCUGAAAGAAAAUCUGAACAGCUCUUCUGGAGAACAGGGCUGGUUUUCUUCAUCGUCCGCAAGAAAAACAACCAAGUGAGUUUCCUGCAUGUGUAUCACCACACGGUCACAGCGUUGGUUACAUGGACGGCUCUCAGAUUUUUUACUGGGGGAAACAAUAUAGUGUAUUCAUUGGUCAACAGUUUCACCCAUGUCGUCAUGUACACCUAUUAUACUCUGGCUGCCCUUGGACCAUGGACAGCAAAGUAUCUCUGGUGGAAGAUAUACCUCACUAGGCUUCAAAUUAGCCAGUUUAUCAUCUUCAUCGCCUACGGAGUCUGGAACCAACUGUACGGCUGUCCGUUCUCAAAGACUGCCGUCUACCUGAUCUUAGUCCACAUCUUAAUGAACCUCCUGUUGUUCAUCAACUUCUACGUGCAGUGCUACAACCGCGCACAGGCCAAUCACCGCAAUUUGCGCGCUGAAGGAAAGAGCAACGUGACGAAUGCAGUUAAAAAAUUGAACUGA